CAGUGAUGUCUUCUUCUUCUGUAGAUGGCAAUGACAAUGGUGCAAGUAGAGGUGGUAAUUUCGCAGGGCCUUCAUUGACUCGUAGACGUGCCAAUAACGAAAUCUGGCCUGGGCCUUUUGUUGAAGAUCUUGUUGUCCAAGUUGCCAUUGAUGCUUCUCGUUCUCUUGGUCGGCUUUCCGCAGCUGCUGCACUUGUCAAUGUGUUUCAGGUUUGUUCUACGUGGCAUACUGUCUCUCGCUCUGAACAACUGUGGCACCGUCUCACAAGCGUCAUAUGGAGCCGCACCCACCCCUUGCACGACACGUGGCGUGAGGAAUACAUGUACCGUCAUCGAACGGCUCAGAAUUUUCGUGCUGGGAGAUCAUUUCAUGUGACACUCCACUUGGACGUCCCAGAUGGGCUGAUGUGCCGUUGCCUCACCCUCUCUGACACCCACCUCGCUUGCGGCUUCGCUGAUGGAACAGUCCGCCUCUUUGACCUCGCCACCCGCCUCCAAGUGGGCUCCUUCCACACCCACCACGGAGACCAUUUGGGCCUCUUCUCACAUGCCGUAUCCGGUAUUGUCAUCACGGACCCCAGGCUCAUUUUCGCCAAGUUGGAUGGCGACAUCCACGUGGCGAUCAUAGAUGGGCAGCCGCAAGCGCGCAGGGCUCACAUGGGCAACGUCGUAGAUGACGGUGCAUUGGUCGACUUCACCGGCUGUGGGCGCUGGUGGGUGGGCCUUUACGCGGGGGUACCUGGCCGUGCUUUCCACAUUUGGGACGGUAACACCGAAGAGCUAGUCUACGUGAACACAACUUUGACUGACCCAGAAGCCUUAAGGGGGUGGCACAUGUUGACUGAAUUGACUGAAACUAUAGGCCGAGUAAGGGUGACGAGUCAGGAAUCGGUGGUGGCAUGUACGAGCUUGAGAUACAUGGUUUUGGACUUGAGAAACCCGGAGUUCCCACUGCACGACCAGGAGAGUAGAAGAGGGCUUAUAGUGACUUCCUUGGAUACCAACAACGAGGCGUUCAUGACGGUGGACAGCCGAGGGUGGGCUAUCGUGCGCCGGGUGGAUACUUUGGAGGAGGUGUGUAGGUUUAACACACGGCAGAGGAACGUCAUGGGCUGCAUGAACUUAGGGUACGCGCUAAUUUGCGUCACGGGUGUAAUAAGGGUGUGGGAGAUAGAGCAUGGGCAACAUUUGUACAAUUUGAGUGGGAACAUAGGGGGAGUCAACGCUAUGGUGGCAAACGACAGGCACGUGGCAGCAGCAAGCAGUGCCACGACGAUACACCUAUGGGAUUUCGGUGCACAGUAGGGUAGGGAUUUUAGGGCAUGGAUGGAUAAGGGGCGAUGAGAGGAUAGGAAGGGGACCCUGUACUGGAUGGAAAGGAGUCAGACAAAAUGUACUUCGGAGAAGUGACAAUGAUUAAAGAGAAGGGGAUUGUGGAUUGGCGUGUGACACGCUUUUUCGGGGACUUUUUUAGGUUUUGGAAAAAAAAAAUAGUGGGGUAGCGACAGAGAGUGACCCAGUGUUGACGACGGACUUAGGGAAAACUGGUUUAAUUGGUACUGCUUUUGACUGAAAUUAACAAAGGAGAAAAAAAAUCAAAGCCAUUUGGUUCCAUAGCGCCCUCCUUUUUCUUUUAGAAAAAGGAUGUAUUCUUUAUAUUAUUUGCUUGGGAUUGUGAGUUUGUGAUGAGCGCGGCAGGCAUGCCAUUUGAUUAUUGGCGAUGGCCAGUUGCCGUACCCUAGCAUAUUUACACA